UAACAAUUAUUUUUAAUAUUAAUAAAAGAAUUAAAUUAAUAAUAAUUUUUUGUAGUUGUCUGGACAAUUACUGAAGUUAUCUAAACAACUUCUAAGGUUGCUUAAACAGCUAUUGAAGUUGUGGUACGACUAAAGAAGUUGUCCCUACAAUUGCUACAGUUAUUGGAUUAAAAUAUAAAAAUUAAAAAUUUAAAAAUAUUUUUUAACCUAAUAUAUAUUAUUAGUCAAUUCUAAAUUCUAUUUAAUUUUUAAAACUCGAAAAAAUUCUGCCUUAUUGACAAACUAGCUCGUCCCUUUUUGAUAAACUUUCUGUAUGAACUGAAGAAACUUUUAGCUACACUGAGAAUAGAUUUGGGAGGAUUUCAGGAAAAGGGUGUUCAAUUUCUUGGCAUCUCAAUGCAAAAUUGGCUUGCUAAGGACUGGUUGCUUUCAAAAUUCCAAACUGGGUUUUCCAGGUAAACAAGUUUUUGACUAGAAUUUCUUGAAUUACUUUGAGGGGAAAUAUGGUUAGUUAUAAGGGUAAAGAAAAAAUUGUUUUUGAUGAUCAAAAUGAGGAAAACAACAUAUUGGUAGAUAGGAAUUUUCUUCAGUUAAAUGAGUAUAAAGGGAAUUCCUCUGAAAGGGUAGCUGAAAAUGAGGAGAUUCAGGUAGAAAUUAGAGAAAAGAUAUCAAAAGAUGGAAUCUUUGAUCUUUCCUCUAAAAGGGUAGCUGAGAAUGAGGAGAUUCAGGUAGAAAUUAGAGAAAAGAAGCUAAAAGAUGGAAUCUUUGAUCUUUCUUUAGCUUGCCCUAGCACUAGUAGGAGUUUACAAUCAGUGGAUCCAUCAAAUAACAACACAAGGAUUGGGUAUUUCAGGAAUGGGUCCUUGUCGUCGUGUUAUUCCCAUCCGUUUUCCCACAACCUUAGCUACUCACUUACACUGAGUUCAAAAGAGGAUAGUGAGUAUUCCGGGGAGGGAGCUAAUUGGUCAGGUUUUAGCAAGUUUAGACCAGUUGAAGCAGGAGAUUGUACAUUACCAGCUCAUCCUGGUGGAAGUAAUUUCGCUUUAAGUUGUAGAAUGCAGGUCAAUAAGGAUAAUGACGUUGAUAGGAUCAGUAGCUCGGAUAGCAAUUCGUAUUUCUCAUUCGAGUUUCCUGCCAGACCAACAGGUGAUUCGAGAGUUAGAGGGAAUAUGGAAGUAGGAAGAGCAUUCCAAUUUUCUCAGCCUGAGAGAAUCCUUGCGGAGAUAGUUUCACAGUCUGUUCCUCUUAUGGCUCAGAUUGUGCAGGAGCUUCCUGAUGAAACGGUUGAAUCAACAAAGGAUUACUUGAGAAGUCUAAUUGCAAAUCCUGAGAAGAAAGACCUUUUGGUCAGCCUUCAGAAUAUGCUUCAUGGGAGAUCUGACCUUAAUGUUGCGACUCUCUUAGAGUGUAAUACGACUCAACUACAAAUUUUUGUUGCCAUAAAAAUGGGUCAUAGAAGUUUCUUAUCUUUGGAAAACCACAUUCAAGUUGCUGAAUUGAUUGAGAUUUUUUCUCUUGAAAGGUGUCGGAACAUACGCUGCAAAAGUGUGUUACCUGCUGAUGAUUGUAAAUGCAAAAUUUGUUCAAGAAACAACGGAUUCUGCUCUGUAUGCAUGUGUUUAGUAUGUUCUAACUUCGAUUAUGCCACUAAUACUUGUCGUUGGGUAGGCUGUGACCGAUGUUCACACUGGUGUCAUGCUGUCUGCUCUGUUCAGAGAAAUCUUAUAAAGCCAGGUCCAAGUAUCAAUGGGCCAUCUGGAACAACUGAGAUGCAAUUUCACUGUCUUGGUUGUGGUCAUUCUAGUGAAAUGUUUGGAUUUGUUAGAGACGCGUACAUGCAUUGUUCAAAGGACUGGGGUGAAAAAACUCUAAUAGAAGAGCUUGAUUAUAUUCAAAAAAAAUUCGAUGGGAGUGAAGAUUUUAAAGGCAAGGAGUUGCAUGCUAUAACUUACGGGUUGCGUGACAAGCUUGAGAAACAGAUGAUCUCUCCUUCAGACGCCUGCGAUUUCAUCUUUCAUUUUUUUAAAUCUAAAAAGCAAGGCACCGAAGAUGACAUCUUUUGAGAUUUUCAGCGACUAAAAUGCACGGUUUUCCUUUUAGAAGGCAGAUGAUAAGUUCCAAGUGCUGUAUGAAGAGUUAGCUUUUGAAUAUACAGAUUGGUGAUCAACAAGGUAUAACAUUAUCGCUCCAACAACAACAACAACAGACCCAGUGAAAUCCCAUGAAGUGAUUCUUGAGGGGUAGAUCAUGCGCAAACCUUAAGAUUACCUCAUGGAGGUUGAGAGGCUGUUUCCGAAAGACUUUAGGCUCAAGUGCAUCAAAUCCAAUAUAACAUUAUCGCUCCUAGUGUAUAAAACAGUAACAUCACUGUACUGCUAGAGUGCUACUUAUAACUUCAAAAAUAAUUUCAUUAAAAGGCUUCGAGUCAUUUACCUGACAAUUUUAAAUUUGAGUUAGACAAAACCACUUGUAGUAUAUGUUAAAGCUACGUAGCUAUGUUAUUUUCUAAUUUGCAGUGUGUUGCAUUUUCAGUUUAGGGCUUAUCCCAGUGUUAUACUAUUUGACAUUUACCAAUUACUAUAUGAGUCAUCCUAAAUGAGCCAUUGAUUGCUAACCUUCAUGUCUCUGUGGCACAUUUCCACUAAUUCUGAU